AUGUCUUCUAAUUAUCAUAAAUCUAUUCAUCAUUCAUUGAAACACACAAUCCAUUGUAUACACAGGACAGAACUACUUAUGAAGCUUUUAUAUUUUAUUGUAUUAUGGAAUUCAGUGAUCGCUGGACCAAUGUUAUUUCAUAGUGAUACUUUAGAGAAUAAAGAUAGUUUACCUGGGAAUCCAGUUCUCACUCAGACAACCGAUGUAAACAACGUUAAAAAUAGCAGUGAAAGCACUAUACAAACGGAAACAGUUACACCAGUGACUAUUGAAGAAACCGGUGCUAUUGUAGAAAUACAGAAUGAAACCUGUGAUGAUCCAUUUGAAGAAUUUGUAUCCCCUGUCCGCGGUACACCACGUUGUUGUCGUAAAUGUGAUGUUGGCAAUGGUAUGCUUAGACUAUGCUCAAAUACAGAAAAUACUCAAUGUCGACCGUGUAAAUCUGGUUUCGAGUUUUCUUCUGUUAGAAGUGCUACAAAAAAGUGUAUGCAAUGUCGACGAUGUGAAGAACUUCAUCCUUUAGCAAAGACACGUACUGAAUGUACUCCUACUACAGAUACAAUAUGUCAGUGUGAAAAACCAUUUUAUAUGUCAGAAAAAGAACAAACAUGUAAACCGUGUACUGCUUGUAAACCUGGUGAAGGUAUAGUUAAGCAAUGUGAUUGGAAUUCAGAUACCCAGUGUCAAUCUUGUCCAGCUGGAUUUUGGUCUGCACAAACUGUUGACAAUGUCAAGUGUAUACCAUGUCAAAUAUGUGAGAAAAAUCAAAUCCUUGUAAGAGAAUGUUCACCUACAACAGAUACCCUAUGUUGUCCAGUAAAUAAUCCUAAUUGUACACAUGAAUAUGCACUGCCUCUGGGUAAGUUGAAGACACCUUUUUGUCAAAAGGAAUGAUAUUCUGUAUUUACCAAUCAAUGGAAUUCACUUCGAUGACUACAGAUAGGCUGAUCAAUAAACCUGUAAUAUUGAUUAUUUUGACUAUUAUUUGUAUCAUUUUUUUCCUUUCUUCAUUUCUUUACGUUAUGAGUGAAACAUAGGACUUCUAGCUUCAGUUUAGAUGUUUUAGUAGCAGUGGUGUUUAUUUUUACGAGUUGAGGUUCCUAGCCUCAUGCUCAAACCUCCCUCUUUACCAGGUUUAUUACAGGUUAAGUGAACACCGCAUCGGGUGGGAAUCGAAUCCCGGACUACGUGAGGCGUGGUCGGCGAGCAUUUCCACAUCGAACCACCAACACAUCAUUUACUGGUUUGUUUUUCAAUAUUUUACAAAACUGAAACCUCUCUUAAUCUUCAAGAUCAAAGUGUUGAGUUAUAGAGAAAACAUUGAAGAUGAAGUAUUUUCUAGUCAGAAGACUAAUCACCCUCAUAUCUUCAAUAACUUGUACAUGAUAUUACAUUUAUAUAAAAAUUGUAACUGUAAUAUUUCUGUUCGUCUUUAUGACUGAUGUUUUGCUUAAUGAAAGGUACAAGUAUGGGCACUUACUUAGUCACUUGAAUGUAAUCUAUACACAUUAUUUUUUCAAUAAUGACCUUAUAGAAUUGUGAUUUGUCCUAAUGAAUUCUACUGAAGUAACAUAUUAAAAUUCAGCUAUUAAUAAAUCAGACUACCUGGGGAGCAUCGUUUCAACU